AUGAAAUAUGACAUCAAUAACAAAGAGAACAGUCUGGAUGACCAUCAAAAUGGUGAAGAAGGCGGCGGUGGCGGCGAUCAGGUGGCCAACGCCUGUGUCCAGUGCUUUAAAGUUUGCUUUAGGAAAAAAGCAAAAUUAGGCUUGGAAGACCUGUUUUGGCUAUCGUUUCUUAUAUUGAUAGUCAUACUGUCUAUUGUCAAGUCGUGCACACGUAUCGGUUGGUCUCAAUUCUUGUAUGUGAUCGUCGGUUCGGUGAUCUGUCUAAUCGUUGUCUACAUAAGCGCCAGUAUUGUCAAUAAGCUGUGUUUUGACGAUGCAAACACCGCCCACUGGAACGCCCAUGCCAGGUUUACACAGGCAGCUAUGGCACAGAGGCUUCAACAGGAGGAACACAAGAUGCACGUCAUAGCACCUCCACGUAUGGGUGGCGCCAAACUCAACAUAUUUUAUACGGUGGGCGAUGUGCCCAUUGUGGUGCCCACAAGAGGCUUACCAACUAGUAUACCUACACCCGUYACCGCACAACCAACACAACAACCAGCACAGCCUAUUGGGGUGAUCGCCGCCGCGGCAAUAAUCGACUCAAACAACAGCACACCUUCUACCUGUUCUCCAGGUAUUGUCGGUGACAGUGAUGUUAGUUGUGGCGGUGCUAUCGGUGUUGGUGUUGUAUCAGCCGCUCAUAAUAUUAACACAAACAAUAACAAUAGUCAUAAUAAUAAUAAUCACAAUAGAAAUAGUGGUACGACGGCGCCGGGUGGUGCAGUCCCCGCCACUGCCUCCGCAAUCACCACUAUUAAUACUACUACUACUACUACUACUAAUUAUUGUGCUGCACCGGGAGGUGGACAUCCUCCAGAGCAACAGCAACACAACCCUCCAAGUUAUGCGAAAACAUCGGAAACUCUUUAUGAAGAGUACGAAAAAUACUAA